GCAACACAUGGUGGGAAAGUUGUUGUUCCUUUUCUUUCUUUUCACCACUGUGGUGAUGGACGUCCUGCUAACAAGCAGGCCUUUCAUUAAGGAACCAGCUGGCUCUGAGAAGUUCCAGCUGCACGCAAAUACACGAGACCGCUGCCGGGCUUCAGGAAAAAGAUGUGUGGACUGCAGCGGCACAUCAGUUUCACAUGGUGCUGGCUUCCUCCUGAGCUCCAUCAUAUCAGCAGCCAGAAUGAGGCCACUGUGUUGGCACAGCGGAGAAAACGACAUUUCAAAAAUGGGAGAGACACUGAAGACACGCAGCAGAGGGCCUGGUCAGAACCGACCCUGCAGAUGAGGAUGUGUGUGGGGAGCCAGCUCUACUGGGUGACCAUGGCCGUACCGGCUGCUCUGAUCCCACCAACUCCUCUGGUGCCGCCGCCUCCGAUCUCGACUCCCUCCGCCACCACGUCCCCGCCGUCGACAACUUCAUCGCCGUCUCCAUCCCUGGCACCUCCAUCCGGACCCGGGCAGAACCUGUUCAGGUCGGAGCUGCUCGCCACCAGCAGCCCGGGCAUCCCGAACCCGAACGCGGCGCUACCCCCCGGCAAACCCGUGUACUCGACCCCGUCGCCUGUUGAGAACAUACCGCAAAACAACGAGUGCAAGAUGGUCGAGUUGCGCGGUGCCAAAGUGGCCUCGUUCACCGUGGACGGCUGCGAGCUCAUCUGCCUUCCGCAGGCGUUCGACCUGUUCCUGAAGCACCUGGUCGGCGGACUGCACACCGUCUACACCAAGCUGAAGCGGCUGGAGAUCACGCCGGUGGUGUGCAAUGUGGAGCAGGUCCGCAUCCUCAGAGGGCUCGGCGCCAUCCAGCCAGGGGUGAACCGCUGCAAGCUCAUCUCCAGGAAGGACUUCGAGACCCUGUACAACGACUGCACCAACGCGAGCUCCAGACCUGGCCGGCCUCCGAAGAGGACCCAGAGUGUGACAUCACCAGAGAACCCCCACAUCAUGCCCCACUCUGUCCCCGGCCUCAUGUCCCCCGGCAUGAUGCCACCCACAGGCCUGACAGCGGCGGCAGCAGCAGCUGCCAACGCAGCCAUCGCAGAGGCCAUGAAGGUCAAGAAGAUCAAGCUGGAAGCGAUGAGCAGCUACCACGGCAACGCCAACCACCACGGGGCCGACGAGAAUGGAGACCUCAGCUCCAGCGUCGAUCCAAAAAGAUUCCUGGAUCUGCCCCCUGAUCCGUAUCUGCACCAUAAUCUAACAGGCCUGGAACUCCCCUUCAUGAUGAUGCCACACCCCCUGAUCCCAGUCAGCCUGCCCCCAGCCUCUGUCACCAUGGCGAUGAGCCAGAUGAACCACCUCAGCACCAUCGCAAACAUGGCGGCUGCAGCACAGGGCCAGAGCCUGCCCUCCAGAAUGGUCACCUCUGUUAUAAAGUGGAUGCAGGGGCUGCAGGAACGUGUGCCGGACAGUCCCUCCCCUGCUCCCUCCUUAGAAGACAACAGGAGGCCGGGCAGUCACCCAUCGUCCCACCGCAGCAGCAGUGUGUCCAGCUCCCCAGCCCACACAGAAAGCUCCUCAGAUAGGAUACGUACGUCUUCAUACUACACUGCACACCACAACGGCCUGUCCAUGAACCAAGCCCUGCUCGGCCUGUCCCCCAACAUCCCGCCUGGACCUAAGGAGGGAGACCUGGCCCACGACAUGAGCCACGAAGCAAAGAGGAUGCACGCUGACAAAGAGGACAACCUGAUGUGCACCCCAACAGCAAGAGACAGCUACGAGAGGUUGUCGUUGGCCGGACAGGCUCUACCCCCUGGCUUCCCUUCACCAUUCCUCUUCCCAGAUGGUUUGUCAUCAAUAGAGACUCUACUCACAAACAUACAGGGCCUGCUCAAAGUGGCAAUUGACAACGCACGGGCUCAGGAGAAGCAGGUGCAGCUGGAGAAGACGGAGCUGAAGAUGGAGCUGUUCAGAGAGCGGGAGCUCAGGGAGACUCUGGAGAAGCAGCUCGCCAUGGAGCAGAAGAACAGAGCGAUCAUUCAGAAGCGUCUCAAGAAGGAGAAGAAGGCCAAGAGGAAACUCCAGGAAGCUCUGGAGUAUGAAUCCAAGAGGAGAGAGCAGGCGGAGCAGACCCUGAAGCAGCCAUCGCCCUCCGACAGCAUGCGCUCACUCAACGGUCAGACGCUCCACAACUCUCUGACCCCUGAGAUGGAGAGUGACCGCAGCAGUGGAAGAACAGAUGCUGAAAGGACAAUACAAGAUGGAAGACUGUUCCUGAAAACCACAGUGAUGUACUGAUAAGGCCGGGAGGAGCUGGAGGAAACAAAAAAAUUCCAUGAAAAAAAAAAAGAGAGAAAGAAAGAAAGAAAAGAAAACCCAUGAAGAUUCUCAACGGCCCUUAUCCAGGCUGAUUUUAAUAGUGGAAAGAAGUCAAGCUGCUUGUAGGAGUUCAAUGGAAAUGCUGUGUUCACCCAAAUGCUCGAGGAGGUUGUGUCUGAAUGUAGAGUAAGAAGUCUUUUUUUCCACCACCAGAGGCCGACGCUAAAUAGUUUGAUAAAGCAGGUUUUGACGGGUUGGCCAAACGUGAAGGAUAACAUAUAUAUUGAGCACAGUAAAAAUGUACCCAUGGUACACUGUUGGUAAUAACUCGUAAAUUCACAGCACUGAAGAUUUUUAUACUGUAUCUCAGCCAGCGAGAAAGCUUCGAAAACGAAAUUCGAAAUAAGGUUUGUUUUGUAUUUCAAAUUGAAUUUUGAGAAGCUAAAACGUGGAGAUGAACCUCGUGGAGGAGGAGAGGGGGGGGGGGUGUGAAUCUGUCCACGUGUUCAUCAAAAGAGAAGACUGAUGUUUUGAUUUUAAUGUUUUCUAAAUUAGAUGACAAUACAAUCAAGUUUCCUUUUUACCAUUGUUGUAUAUACAUGAUCGGAUGAUAAUGAUAGGAAGAACUCACUCUAUCGAACCCGAGCGGAUUGAUGAGGUAUGUGUAUAUAACGUUAAGAGGUAUUGUGUAUGCAGUAGAGCUAUUAGGCAAACAAUACCACCAUUUAUAUAAACCUACAGUUUUGUUUUGUUCUAUUUCUGAGCCAUCAUUCUUUCCUAUAGCUGCCAUUUUGGUGAGAAAGCAUGCAGGCAUGUAAAUGUUUGUCCUGGAAUUAUGAUAUUUAAUAAAUCCUAUAUUGUGCUGAACAAAUACUAGGGUUGACUCACUCGAGCCCGCAGGAUUUUGAAAAACAUAACUAUCAGACAUUUCACUUUCAAAAAUGAAGACUUUUGCUGUCGAUAGUACUGUAAUCUUUGUAACAGAGGUAAUAUUUCUUGGAAUUUACUGUACAUUUGUCAUGAGACGCACUCAAAAGUCAGCACCUCUCGAUACUUUUACAGAAAAAAAAAUAAAAAAAAAUAUCCAGACUAAUUCUGACCACGUGUCGACUUCAGAAACAGUCGGUCACGACACAAAUGUUUCCGAUCUCGAUGCCAUUUAGGAACCACGACGCUCAGAUCCCCGUCGAGCCAACACACACACACACUCUUGUUUUUUCUUAGAGUGCGUGGCGAUAUCCUGACGAGAAGAAGAACUCAUGAUAAGUUUUGAUUUUCUUGUUACUUUCCCUGAAGACUUCUGAAUUUCAAUGCUGAAACACCUGUGUAUAUUCUCUAGACAUAAGCUGAUGUCAGUCGUUUAACUGCAAACCAGUUUAGACGUUAUGUGUUACAAUCAGGAGAGGAAGAGGAGGAAGAGGAGGAGGAGGAGGAGUGUCCCAUGUUCACGAUGUGUUUGUUCUUUUUGUUCUCAAUGGAGUGUCUAGGUCUGUUGUCACUGAUAACUUAUAUAGCUUCUCGAAUCAUCUCUUCAUUGUAUUUCAAAUUCAAAUAAAAGUUAACAUGUUGAUGAUAAACUGUGAGUUAAUGUUGCCUGAGGUCUCGAGUACACGACACUGGAUUUAUACGAACAUUUCACGCACAGCCACUGACUACACACCGUAUAUAAAGAUGGACGACGUGAAACUGAAGCUCCCCAAAACUGAAGCCAAAGUGUAUUGACUGCCCCCUGGUGGCUGGCUGUAGUAACGCUCAUAAACCCCGCCUCUACUCUAGUUCAGCACACUGACGUUUGUUAAGGUGCAAAUGUUCCCGUAACUUCAGUUAUUUGAUGCCGUAAAAGUGAGUGGAAACAAGAAUGACAGCGCGGCCGACCCCUGAUUGGUUGAGCUCCUGCAUCUGCAGGAACUCAACACCUUGGCUCCGCCCCUCAAUUUCUACUUCGGAGAUUGGCUGCAAAUAACUUCUGCAGGAUCACUUCCUUCUGUUCUAAAUGAAUGUUGGAUAUUUUAGCUUCAUAUCUGGAUAGUGGGAGGCGUCGUCCAUAUUUAUAUAUAUUCUACUGACAGACGCACGACAGACUAACGGUUCAAGAUAAAAGUGAAGGCGAGUGAUUGGAAAUAACUGUUGUGUUUUCAGCGUGUGUGUUUUUUGGAGACCUUUAAAAACAUCCCUCAGUCUUUUAACUCAU